AUCUUCCAAAAAAUCUUCAAAUUAUUUGUAUUUUCACUAUAUGUGCGAUCGUCGUGUCCAAACUUGACGUCGUUGGUUUCUAGGCAACAUGGCUGAUUUUCAAGGUAUUUUGAAUCGACGUAUAUGGACUGAUCGGGAGGAAGAUGUUCUACUGACGACCUUGAAGGAGCUUGUUGUUCAAGGUUGGAAAUCAGAUCAUGGAUUCCGUGCCGGAUACCUUGUUAGACUGGAAGAGGCGCUACGCCGCGAGUUUCCAACAACGGAUCUGAAGGUUUAUCCCAAUAUCAUAUCGAAGGUGUCUGCAUGGAAAAAAAGUUAUUACACUCUCGAAUAUAUCCUUAAGCAGAGCGGGGUUGCUUUUAAUUUGAAUGGAGACCACAGAAUCGACUGUGACGACCAGCAGUGGGCAGAAAUUGUGGAGAAAGAUGUAUAUGUAAGGUUCAUGCGUGACCGAUCAUGGCCUUACUUUGACGAUUGGAAGCAAAUAUUUGGUAAGGACAGAGCCAACGUGGAAGACACGCCAUAAUGUGGACUUCGGAUAUUUCUUCAUGCCCAUCCAAAGCCUGACCAGCAAGCUCCUUACAGAGACUUAGAAUAAGACAAGCGUUUUUAUGAUGUUUUGAAUUUAGUAAUGUUUUUGAACCAAUAUUUAUUUUCAGUAUGAUGAAGCUAUUUUGUGAUGUUUUUUGUCACUAGGAAAUGUGGUUUGAACCAAUAUAUAUUUUGUGUU